ACCCGAGCUGGUCUGAUGCAAAAUGCGAAAAUCGCCAGCAUUUGUUAUCGUCCGACUUGAACAACUAGAAGAGGGACUGGACUGACGGCACCAGUCGAUCGCCGACCACCAAUCUCCGGCAAUCUCUAUUCGGUAAGCUUCUCAGCGGUUUCGCUUCUUCUCCUUCGUCAUUCCAUAUUCCAUUCGCCUGUUCUCCAAUGAUGUCCGUUGUCCAUUAGGUUAUUUGCUCUAGAAAUCAUAGCUACUUGAUUGCAUGAACAUGACGAUUUCGAUUCGAGUUCUGGGUAGUGUGGAACACAUGUCAAAGUGACGAUCAUUCGACUGUUUUCUUGGCUUCACAGCAACUUUUAGCUGAUAGCAAUGGAGAAAAAUGGGAAAGGGGUUUCGAUGCCUAAGUCCUCUCUCAAGUCCACUCCAAGCAAGGAUGAUUCCUCUCAAAAGUCAAAAGAGGGGAGGAAAGUUCAGUUCAACAAUGGAGGCUCUCCUGAAGAGAGAUUUGAUUACUCAAAGUCAAACGGGAAGUCUAGUUCCUCAGCUGAUAAAGGUGGUAAUGGAAGCACUGCAAAUGGAAAGGCCUCGAAAUCAAAAGAAAAGGAGCCACUUGAGCUUAGGUUAGACCAAGAUCGUCUGAAGAAUGCCAAAUGCUUAAUGGACAGUGAGGCUGCUGAAAUCUUACAAGGAAUACAGGAUCAGAUGACUCUUCUAUCUCAAGAUGCAACCAUCAAACUGCCUGUCUCAUUUCACAAGGGGCUGAGUUACGCACAGGCUAAUGCUCGUUACACAAAUACUCACUCCGUUAGACGUGUUCUAGAUACUCUCAAGAAGCAUGGUGUUGUUGAUGGAGAGAUAAGCGUGAUUGCCAAUGCUUGCCCUGAGACUGCUGAAGAAGUGUUUGCAUUAGUUCCUUCCUUGAAGUCCAAGAAAAGCAUAUUAAAAGAACCGUUGGAGGUAGCUUUGAUGGUGAUAAAACCGCUUCGGAAAGUGGAUUCAACUUCAGUCUGAGUGGUAAAGUUUGCUCAUUCUGUAUGCCUGGUUAUUAGCAAUUCGCUAUGUAGGAUAUACCAAUUGAUACAUGAAAACUUGAUGAACAGGAUUGUGGCACUUUGGCUGGAAGAACUAGUAGGAGAGCAUGUGAGAGCAGCUUUUUCUGGAUUUUGUAGAGGCAGACAAACUAGUUGGAGGAGGAUAGCAAUGACCAGCCUAACUUAAGGCCUUUUUGUUUUCGCAGAUGCAGUUGACAACUGUUCCAAUUACCAUUUCCUAUGUACAUAGUUAUGUGAACAACGUUUGGUUUGGCGAACUUGUUUGAACAACCAAAAAUUCCAUGAAAAAAUGGAAGCUAUGCUAAUUGCUGAAAAACACAAGAGUUCCAAUCCCUACUAUUCACUGAUUGCCAAAACCAUGUACAGUCAACUGUUAAAAGUCUCAACACUACCAGUUAGAUUUGAGUUCAUGUUGCGUGCUACCCCCUAACCAAAAGUCAAGUCUCUGAAUCUACAACUUUAUUUGGGGGGAAUCUCUAAAGCCAUACAAUAGACAUCAGUUGCAUCAAUGAUAUGGUACUGAAAGUCGAGAACAGUAACUUCCUAAUCCCGCAGGAUCUAGGAAAGUGUGGAAGAAUGUGACCUAUUUCAUAUGAACAGCUUCAACCGGAUGAGUUAAUCUGUCAAUCAAUCAUCAGAAGAAUAUGCAAACUCUUCAUGGAUGUAGCUUGUUAGUGGAAACGCAAAAACCCUGGAAAGAAAAGGGAACUAUAAGGGAGACUCUUGCAAAGACGAAUCAUUGGGAAAAAGAGAAACUCCAUUGCAUUGCACAAAUAGAAACCAUUGCUGUUACAGUUGCACAAACAAAAUGGGCCCUUUGACUAGCUAGGAAAGCUAUUGCACAACAUAAACAUGAAACAUUUGG